ACCUUAUGAUCUAUAACUUUACCUACCUCGUAAAAAGUUAUAGCGUAAAUAUAUAUCACCAGGAGGUUUUUGAUCUAUCUAUCAUAUUAGAUUGAAAGGAAAAUACUUUUUAAUUUUACGUAAAAUACACAUUUCGCAUUAUGUCAAAUUAUGAACACACGAAGUUUCAUCACAUUAUUCGUGUUAUCACCUCCAUUACAAACAACGCCUAGGUACAGUUACAUUGUGAAUUGCUGUAAUAUCGACAAACAAUCACUGUAUUUAAGAUGAAAUCGACAACCUUUCUACCAGUGUCAAAUUGUCAAUACUUCAUUCAUCACUUACUGUGAUAACCGUGAAAUUCAUAAUGUACGCCUUGAAAUUAUUCAUCUUCAGUGCAUGUGUAGCGGUCCUAGUAGCUCAAGAUGCGUCAAAUGUACAACCAGUAGAAAUUCUUACAGAAAAAACCUACGUUCGAGAAGAUGGAUAUGACUUUGAAUACAAAACCAGUGACGGUGUAUCACGCAAAGAAGAAGCUUCGUUAAUCACAGUCGGCGAUCACCAGGGCAUCGGGGUGAGAGGUUCCUACUCUUACAUAGCACCAGACGGUCAACAGUACCUAGUGACAUUUACUGCUGACGACAAAGGAUACAAGCCACAAAUACACGUAGUACCAUCAAAUCAAUAAAAAAAUCAACUAAUUUUUCAUUUUUUAUUU